AGACGGCGCAUGGAGGCAAGGUUAUCAAAUCAAGAUGGCGACUUCCAGUCGACACGUGAAGCGGCGAGAGCGCUUGAAGAAAUACAACAAAAUGAAGAGAGAAUCACGAAAACAGCCCGCUUUUCUAGAUGAUCAGAAUUGGAAACCAUUCGAAGUGGAUAUGUCAGCGUUUGCUGACGAAGAGAUGGGUGGAUUCGUCGGAAUGGAGGUUUUAACUGAUUACGAUCCAAACAUGCUUAGAAAACUUACGAGUGGGACUGUGGGAAAGCAGGAGUCCAAAUCACUCAAGAAGGUUCAAGACGUCCAGAAACCCCUAGCCAGUAAAACAUCCAUUGAGAAGAAGGUGAAAGGGAAUCAAAAGAACAAGAAGAAAGGCACGACCACAAACAGUUCGAUCACAAACCCCAAGAAAAGCACCUCAUCAAAAGACAAGCAACGCAAAUCUGCCGAUGUGAAUGCUAGGACUAAGCAGGAAACUGCCGUUGAAAGCAAAGAUGUGGAAGAUGCUUUGAAGAGUAAGGAGAAAGAAGCAAGCCCCGGAAAGUCAGGAGUAAGGAAGAGAAAAUCGGGAAGAGAGCGACUUGAAGAGCUUCGAGCGAAGAGGAAGAGGAGAAAGAGUGAGCAAGCAGAAGGAGAGGACUUGGGAGUUAAGGAAGAGAAGAAGGAACCAAAGAAUAGCAAGGAAGAAGAUAAUAAUGGAAGGGAGAUACCUAGUACUGAAGUUGCUAUGUCCAAGUGGGACAGCCUAUCUGUCCCCACCGUAGUGCAUCAAUCCCUGCAGUCCAUGGGUUUCACCCGCCCCACUCCGAUUCAAGCUGGUUGCAUACCUGCUGCUAUCAACGAAGGCAAAGACAUAGUGGGAGCAGCUGAAACGGGCAGCGGAAAGACACUCGCCUUUGGGAUACCUCUAAUAUACAAGUUACUGCAGCAUCGAGCAGCAAGGUCUUCUGACUCGACCUCAAAGACAAAGCCUAACCCAAGUAACAAUGGGACUGAUAUCACAAGAAUUAGACAAAGUCCAUCGAAUCACGAAAGGACAAACGAACAUAAAGACCAGGAUGCAGAUUUGAUGGAAGAGGUUGCGAGCGAUGGUGAUAUUAAUGAUGAUCUAAGUGACAAUAGCUCUGAUGAUGAUGUCGAGGAACCUGACAGCAAUGACGACAUUGAUUCUGAGGUUGAUGAUGUCGAAGGACGGGUUGACAUGCAGAGGCUCAAGUCACAAAUGAAGUGUGUGGAUGUCAUCGAUAACAUCGCGGAUGAGGACUGGGUAAAGGCCGGGCUACCGUUGACCAGCACACCGGCCGGAGGGCUUGACCAGGAGCAGAAGCUCUUUGGACUGGUCCUGACACCCACCAGGGAACUGGCUGUGCAGGUCAAGAAUCACCUGGUUGCUGCAGCAAAGAUGACAGAUAUCAAGGUUGCCGUGGUGGUUGGAGGAAUGUCUGCCGAGAAGCAAAAGAGAGUUCUGAAGAAAAGACCAGAUAUCAUAGUGGGUACCCCUGGAAGGUUAUGGGAGCUUUAUAAACUGGGCGAACCUCAUCUUGCCAGCCUGCCUGACAUACAAUGCCUGGUCAUGGACGAGGCUGACCGCAUGGUUGAGAAGGGUCACUAUGCAGAGCUGUCAGAGAUACUGGACCUUCUAAACAGUUCGGAGCAGAAGUCAUCGCGACAGACCUUUGUGUUCUCAGCGACGCUAAGUCUGAUCCAUCUGGGGCCACUCAGGAAAUCACUCAAGAAGGCUUACAAACAAGACAAGAAGGAUAAACUAGAUUCUGUAAUGGCCAAAGUUGGAAUCCGAGAAGACGCAGAGGUGGUAGAUCUCACCAAACGAGAAGGCACUGCUUCCACUCUACUGGAGAGCAAGAUUGUUUGUGCUGUCGAAGAAAAGGAUAUCUACCUCUUCUACUUCCUGAGGCAGUAUCCCGGCCGUACAUUAGUCUUUACUAACAGCAUAGACUGUAUAAGAAGACUGGUGUCUAUCCUUUCUCUGCUUGAAUGCACGCCGCUUCCACUACACUCCUCUAUGAUUCAAAAGCAGCGCCUUAAAAAUCUAGAAAGAUUUACGAAGAAUCCCAAAGGGCUACUCCUGGCUACUGACGUCGCUGCCAGAGGCUUGGAUAUUCCAGAUAUAGAGCAUGUGAUACACUACCAAGUCCCUAGAACGUCAGAGUCUUAUGUUCACCGUAGUGGCCGUACAGCGAGACAGGCCAAGUCUGGUCUAAGUGUUACCCUGGUAUCCCCCAACGAGAUGAACUUCUACAGGAGAUUAUGCAAGACACUCAACAGAGAGGAGAUUCCCAGCUUUCCGGUGGAGCAUAGUUACUACCAAGCUGUGAAGGAGAGGGUAGAUCUAGCUAGGGAGAUUGAUAAACUUGAGCAUGUCCAUUCUAAGAAGAAACAUCAGAACGAUUGGUUUGUCAGGGCUGCCAAGGAGCUGGAUGUGGACGUAGAUGAGCACUUGAAUCUUCAUGACAUGGGAGAUUCUUCAGAGCAAAAACAAUUCAACAAAAAAAUGAGGAUGAUGCGAGGUCACCUGAAGGCAUUGUUGAAGAGGAGAAUCUUUGCGGCUGGUUACUCGCAACGCUACCUGACCUCUCAAGGGAAACUGAUCACUCCUUUCUCUCAAGCCACUGUUGGAUCUCACGAAGCAUUUUCCAAGCUGAAAGCUCGUAUCAAGAAGGACAAGGAGGAUGAUGGUAAAGAGAAGGAAAAGAAAAGGAAGAAGUUCAAGCGGAUGGGCAGAUAUCAGAAAAGGAAAUGAAGGACAAUAAAAAAAUAAUUACUUAUUUUGUUCUUAGAAUAUAGGCUAUGUGAACACAAAUUAUUCAGAUUUUUCUUCUCAGAAGUACUUUUCUUUUGAUUUUUAUUCCUCAUCAUAGUCAUCACAUUUCGGCCAUUCUCGGAAAACAUUUCAUUGUCCCUAACAUUUUUCAGUCUACUUUUUUGAUAUCUUGCAUUCUUUUCAGUGGCAUUAUGUUAGAAUAAUGUGU